AUGCCAUUAGGCUUUCGUGAGCGUCAAUUGGUCACAUCGACGAGCUGUAUCGAAUGCAACUCUGUCGACGCUUCCGCUCCCUUCGAUCUUCGCAACAGGUUCGCAAAAGAAUUAGGAGUUUACAGCGAUAUGGUCGAAGCAUGUAUCAAGGUUUACAUAAUGGCCUGUGGUACCAAUCUUGAUUUGAAGUCAGAGAUAAAUUCUCCGCCAGAAGAAUGGGCUGGAGAGUUACUUUCUUUUCAUUUGUCUUUGCAAACAAUUUCCGAAACCAAGCGAUAUAUUGCUCUUCUCCGGCAUAUGUUCUCAGGUGACAAGGAACGGAUUCCGAAAUACGUUCUUCGUAUUCCUCGCCACGUUACUCUGCCUGAACGUGAAUAUACUUAUCGGUUCCUUUUCUUCGAUGAUCCUGACGCGCAGGCGCUCAGUCGUCAGAACGCUAAGCUUGCAAAAUGUAUUGUUGAGUACCGCACGGCCUUGAAAGAGUUGAACGAGCUGAUCCAGGAAGUGAGUGAUGCUGCUGACAUUCUAGCAACGCUGAUAGAACGAUUGCAAAGAGCAUCGUUGGAUGUUACAGAUAAUCCUGUCGGCGAUUCUUAUGUCAACACCCUAGUCAUUAGCUAG